UGUCCUUGUAGCUAUGGAAACUCAUCAGCGGCAGCAUCCUCCAGAUUGUCCACCCGCUCCUUCGUCUGGACAGCUAAGCUAAACCUGCAUGUGAAACAGCGGCUCAAAAUGGCGUUCGGCUGUCAAACGCUUUCCCUGGUGCUCUUCUCCUGGCUGUGUAACAGUGCCGCCUUUGCUGUAAUACUCCGAACAACUGAGAAAUCUGUGUGGGCAAAUGAAUUUGAGUCAAUCGAACUGACCUGCUUGAUAGAGUCCAUUUCUACAAACAAUCCUCGAAUUGAAUGGAAGAAAAUAAAAAACGGUGUACCCAGCUAUGUGUACUUCCAAAACAAAAUAUCAGGUGACUUGGAGCACAGGGCUUUGCUGCGAGAGCCUGCAAAUCUUCUGAUCCUGAACGCCAGCAGAUCAGACACAGCACAGUAUCGCUGCGAGGUGGCGGCCAUCGACGACCAGAAGCCAUUUGACGAAAUAUUAAUCAGUCUAGCUGUAAGAGUGAAGCCGGUGAUCCCCAGAUGUAGUGUGCCAGAUGCAGUUACUGUGGGUUCAAGCACUGAACUGCGCUGUAUUGAGAAUGAAGGCUUUCCUCAGUCACAGUACCAGUGGUUCAAAAAUAGCGAGGAGCUGCCCGAGGACCCAAAAACCAGCAGCAAGUUCUACAAUUCCUCAUACAUCAUGAACAUUGAGACUGGCUCUCUGAAAUUCCGAUCGGUAAAGAAAGAAGAUGCGGGUGAAUAUUAUUGCCAGGCCAGAAAUGAAGCCGGAUGGUCAAAAUGUAUUCGCCAGAGCAUGGAAGUGUAUGACUUGGACAUCGUGGGAAUAUUCUUGAAGGUUUUAGGUGGAGUUGCAGCAUUUAUUUUUGUCAUUGUGGGCAUUUGUCAAAUUCAGAAAAGUGGUUACUGUUCCUGCAAAGAUCACAGAGAAACCAACUACAAAGUACCCCAACAUGAAAACAGGAUGGAGUACACCACUCCAGAUGAGGGACAUUUUCGCCACAAAUCCUCCUUUGUCAUCUAGAAUCAAAGACGAGGAGAUGUACGCUUCAGCUGUCUGAAGGCCUGAAUUGUGAACUGUCCGAUUUUACGCAGAGGUGCGACUUCAUGGUUUGCCAAAGUUAUUACAGAAAUGAAAACUACUGUGUUAAACUGGGAAUUUUGACUCCCUUUAUUUUCAUUUAGGCAAACAGGAAUUAGUUAGAAAUAAAACGUUUACAUACUGUAUAAAAGGUUUUCAAUGGAGCAUACUCUAAUUUAUAACUAUUAUAUGCAUCUUAUUAAGUAAACAAGUCAGUUUCUGCGAAUCUUAUGCAGUAACAGAAGUUGAGUUUGCAAAGAAUUGUGAAUUUCUGAAUGUUAGACUUGAAAUGAGGCUAAUGAAAUGACUUGUUAUCAUAGCAAGGUCUAAAUUACAUCCGGGUGCUGCUGUAUUUUGCCCAAAAGUAGUCAACACACAAUACCAGUGAAAGAAUUUACAAAUCUUCAAGGUAAAUCGGAUAUCUCCCGCUGGAAAUAUAGUGUGUGUGACUAUGUGAAGAACCCUGUCAGUGUAAAUGUGUACAAUGCCAUGCCAAGACUGUUCAUCUGGGUCACUUUUUGACGAGGAUUUUAUGUGUUAGUGUUUUAGUAGCAUUUCGUUCACAGACUGUAGAUUCGUAGCAUUUCAGUUUGAGGUUUAAUCAAACAUCUCGGUAAAGUCCGUCGACUUGGUUGUGCAAGAUGAUUCGUUUAUUUAGUUUCGUUUUCGAAAUACUCCUCUAGAUACAGAUUACGCACUUGUGGCUUUUUCAGAGUGCCAUUUCUGUGUUUAAGUGACCUUCAAUGCUUUAUAAUUGUUUUAUACGUUUUGGACAUAUUGUCCAGGUUUUUUGACUGGGUGUUAUUGUUUUAAUCUAUUUAUAAUAUAUAUAUAUAUAUAUACGCGUACAUUGUAGUUCACUUCAGAAUAGUAGAUAGACUGUGGGCCGCGUCACAAGAAUAAACAUGAUUAUGUGGAAGCAAUCAACAUCGUCUUUUAUUUCAUUUCGUUUUCAAAAUAUGUACCAAUACUAUAUAUAUGCAGUAAUCUGACCAUCAAAUUGACUUUGUUUUGAUUAUUACUGUGGAAAUGUUGUUAUUAAUGUGGAACUGAUUAUUAACUUGACAUUUGACAACCAGAAUGAGAAAUAAACUCAUUAUUUGCAUAUUUCUUCCUAUUUUAUAAUUAUUUUGAGACACUAUUAGAAUAUAUAUUAGUCUUCCUCAUGGCAUGUCCCACUGUCAAAAGCUAUUCUCAAUAUUGUUCAUGGAAAAACAGCCUGGGCUCAGUUAUUGUACCUCAUAUGCCAACUUAAUAGUAGUUACAUUCAACAAAUAGGCUAAUUUAAUAUAUAUGCCUAUGCAAAAUUAAGGGCCAGAUACUUUAUAUUCAAGUAUGUGAACAAAUGUAUAGACUGUAUAGUUUAUCAAAGUGCUUAUGAAUAUUAUUCAGAGUGUUUGAUGGCAAGACAUUUCAAUGUAACCUUUUCUUUAUAGUAAAGUAUUAUAGCAUUUUUAACUGUAGUUAAUGAACCCUGGUGAUGCUCGGCCACAAUGUUUCCAAAUGAUUCUGUAUUUGACUUCAAAAAUACAAUAGAAUGAAAUACCUGACAUUCCAGCUAUGGUAAAUGUUGAAUGUACAGUAUGUCCUUGAUAUUUAAAGUUACACUGCAAACAAAUCUUAACCAGUAUUUUUUAUUAUCAUUAGGUCUCAUUUGAUAACAUUUGUUAACGUUAACUAUGAGCAAAAUAUUUGUUUAUCCUUAUUAAAGUUAGUUUAUUAAAAAACAAUUGUUUCAAUGUUAUAUUAUUAAGUUAUAUUAUAUAUGUUUGUGCUGGGCAAAGAUAAUCUUGAUUACUUGCAUCCAAAAGAAAAGUUUCUGAAUGCUACACUGAAAACCCAACGGUCAACUUUAUCAAAUGAAAUGAGUGUAGUUAACUCAAAAUGUACUGAAAGUUAAUUCUACUCAUUUGAAAAGAGUUUUAAACUUGGUGUCGAAAGUAAUGAGUUCAUUAAAUACAUCAUUACUUCAGCUUAAAUGGAAUACGUUCACAGUUCUCAUUAGGAUUAGUUUUUGAACUUAAAUGAUUUGUUGCAAUCGGUUUCCUCAUGGUUUGAGUUGCUUUAACUUAUUGGGUUUUACAGUGUACGCAUGUUUAUUAAGUAAUUAAAUACACACAUGCAUGCAUAUAAUUGAGAAAUGUUUAUUUAUAUUUAGAUA